ACGGACACUGGGCGAAUAGUCUCUGCAAGGUGCUCACAGUGUUGACUUGUUCGCUUUUCACGUCAAGUUCUGCGCACUUACGUUCGUUACGACAAAUUAGUACCCGAUGAGAAUACAAAAUCGAGUGAUUUAAAGAUCCCAAACGAUGUCUCAGUCAUUGAAAGUGAAGGAAUGAUAACGCAAAAAUUAAUUUAAUGUCGUAGACAUCGAUUGUCCCUGUGUCAUACUGAGCUGCAUAAUAAAACCGUAUUUGGUGAUUGCCUUACCAUAUCCGUAUGAAGAGACGUUUUGUCAAUAAAACAUUUUAGUCAUGGGGCGCGGCAGUUACGACAGUGUUACAAUAAUGGUUUCAUCCCAACAUAUCAGGAUUAGAGGCAGAGAAAUUAUUGAUGGAACGUGGAUAUGACAGUUCAUUCCUGGCACGUCCAAGCUCGUCUAAUCCUGGUGAUUUCACGCUCUCUGUGAGGAGAAACAGUGAAGUAACGCAUAUAAAAAUACAGAAUACUGGUGAUUUUUAUGAUUUGUAUGGUGGUGAAAAAUUCGCAACACUGUCAGAAUUAGUGCAAUUUUAUAUGGAAAAUGGUGGACAAUUGCGUGAGAAAAAUGGCGAGGUCAUUGAAUUGAAAUAUCCCCUGAAUUGUGCUGAUCCAACAACUGAGCGUUGGUUUCAUGGGCAUUUGUCAGCCAAAGAGGCUGAACGUUUGAUGCUCGAGAGAGGAAAAAACGGAUCAUUUCUGGUGCGCGAAUCUCAGAGCAAACCAGGAGACUUUGUACUCUCAGUGAGAACUGACGAUCGCGUGACUCACGUAAUGAUUCGCUCCCAGGACAAUAAGUAUGAUGUCGGAGGUGGGGAGAAGUUUGACAGUCUGAGUGAUCUUAUUGAGCAUUACAAGAGAAAUCCGAUGGUGGAGACCAGUGGGAGUGUUGUCCAUCUGAGACAACCAUUCAAUGCCACACGAAUAAACGCAAGUGGCAUUGAAAGUCGUGUACGGCAACUUCAUAAAGAGAACGGCUGCUCAAAUGGCUGGACAUGUUGGAAUGGUGGUCCUGACGGCGACGAGAAUGGCUCAGGUCGUGGUAAGGGAAAGGCCGGCUUCUGGGAAGAGUUCGAGUCCCUUCAGCAAUUAGAAUGCCGACACUUGUUCUCCCGUAAGGAGGGACUGAGGCCUGAAAACAGAGCAAAAAAUCGAUACAAGAAUAUUCUCCCCUUCGAUCACACGAGAGUAAAGCUGAAGGACGUGGAUCCCAGCGUACCAGGGGCGGAUUACAUUAAUGCUAAUUACAUAAAGAAUGAGGAGGGAGAGGGUUCAUGCACCGGUAUUACGGCCAGUGGUGAUACUUGCAUAUUCAAUAAAUGUUAUAUUGCAACACAAGGCUGUUUACCAAAUACAGUACAAGACUUUUGGCACAUGGUCUACCAGGAAAAUAUACAAGUUAUUGUCAUGACCACCAAAGAAAUGGAACGGGGAAAGAAUAAAUGCGCUCGUUACUGGCCAGAAGAAGGUGAAUUGAGUGAAUACGGAGGCGAAUGGAAAGUAUGUGUCCUAGCACGUACCUCCACAGCUGAUUACACGUUACGCGAAUUUUUACUGCAAGGAAAUAAGCCAAAUUUUACAGAGCCACGUAGAAUUUAUCACUACCACUUCCAAGCAUGGCCGGACCACGGAGUCCCUUCGGAUCCCGGUUGCGUUCUCAACUUCCUGCACGAUGUCAACGCGAGACAGGAGUCCAUUGCCGCUGCCAUGAGCUCCAGUGGACAGUCACUCUCCAGUGUCGGGCCAAUACUCGUUCACUGCAGCGCUGGUAUCGGACGAACUGGGACUUUUAUCGUUAUUGAUAUGAUAUUGGAUCAGAUUAAACGCCACGGAUUGGACUGCGAAAUUGAUAUUCAACGAACCAUUCAGAGAGUCCGAUCUCAAAGAUCUGGAAUGGUGCAGACAGAGGCACAAUACAAAUUCGUUUAUCUCGCUGUACUGCAUUAUAUUGAGACUGUGUCACAGAGAAGACAAGCUGAGCAGAAAUCACUGCAAUUGGGUCGCGAAUACACAAACAUUCGUUACAAAAGCGAAACAAACAGCGUAAGCACAGGUGUCCCCGAGUCAGCGUCAUUCGCAUCAACCCCCACCCUAUCAACGACAAAUAAUUUUACAUUGCCUACACCAGUGGGCAACCUGAGGCCCAAGUAGUUGUUAAUAACCCCAUUGAAUUCUCACACGUGUUCUUCAGCAUGCGCUGAUCCUCUCCUUAAUUUCUGGUAUUUUCUGUCCCUUAAUGCGUUCAGACAACAAUAAUUCGCAUAGAUAAAACGAAAAGUAUUCGAAUAGAGGCAAUGUAACAGCUAUAAUGCGAAGCAAAGGCUUAUUAAUUUUUUAAGUAAGAAAAAAAUGGAGAAAAUACUACAAUCAAUGAUAGAUCAUGUUGAUAGGUGAAAAUUGUAAAUCAAGAGUAGUUUACUUUGGAGAUUGGAAUGUUAUACAUGACAACUUUAUUUGAUCCAGGAGAAAGUUUGUGCACGAUGAUGGAAAAAAUUGUGGUAAAGCAUAGAAAAUUGGGUUGUUGCAUGAUUUUUUUU